UUUUUAUAGCUUAAAGAAAAUAUUUUGCGAAUAAAUGUUUAUUAACGUAAUUACUAAAAUUCAGUAGUUUCUAUGAAUUACUCUAUUUUCGGAACUCAACAAAGCAACAGAAAUUUUUGAGUACAUAUUUGUGGGUACAGGAUAUGUUGAAACCCUUAUUGAGAAAUAACUAGGGAUACAGUUGAUGUCCAAGAUUGAAAAUUUGUUUAUCUGAAAAAUUCGAAAAUUGCGAAGCACUAAACAUUGCACGUCCGUCAACAUAUGUUUUAUGAAAAUUACAUUAGGGAUUGAGAGAUUCUUAGUCAGGCUAGUGAAUACAGCAAAAAGAAUUGCAUGGGAGCAACUUUAAUGGUGCUUCCUUAAUUGGGAUUUGCUGGAACUUUACUUAAGAAUCUAUUAAUCGUUUCGAAGUUAUCAAGGCUCAUUAGUGGGGUAGACAGUAGCUAGUUUUAUACUGAUAAGUAAUUAAAUUAUAUUCAAGCAGUCUCAGGUGGUGAACAUUUGUAAUGCUGCCGAAGAGUAUCAUAUAUGGAACAAGCCGAAAUAGUGCUUUAUACGCUAACACUAUAUUGAAACAUAAUAUUAAGUCUAAUUAUAGACCUGUUAUAGUCCAAUAAUAACAGCUGGCAGCCACUUUGUGCAAAAGAGUGUCGACAGAAUGUCUAUAUGAUACACGGAAAGCUCUGAAUUAUCUUUCGGGAUCGAAACACACUUAAAGAAUAUUUUUUCCAAAAACAAGUUAUUAGCUAAAGACAUGCGAUUAAUAGUGACAAUACAAAUAAGCAAUUCAAACGUAAAUAAAGGCUUACGUAGAUCACCAAGACUUAAUCGUAAAAACGAUGAUCGGCGUGAGAAGCAUGGCCCAUCUAUACAUCAGGAACUUAUUGAAAAAUAUAAAUAUAAGUCUCCUGAGUUGAAAAAAAAGCAAAAGGUCAUUCCUAAAAAACCUAAGAAACGUCCAAAGAAAAUACAACAAAUUGAUGUAAAUCAAUGUAAGAAGCAAAAAAUUUGUAAACCCAAAGUAAGAAUUCGUAAACAAACACCACCAUGGAAGCCAAGACUAAACGAUUCGGACACUGUCCAGCGCACACGACGUGAAUUCCGAAGCACAGUUGCUACGAACCUGAUCAAUAAAUACAAGCAACCAAAAAAAGUACGCAAGCCAAAGCGAAAAGGAAACCUGAAGAAGAUUGCAUCAAAUGAAGCUGCUAUCAGUUUCUGUAAAUCCGAAGUCACUCCACCUAAGCGUCGAUCGCCAAGGAAACGUAAACGUGACAUUCGUCAAUGCGGAACUGAUAACCCAUUUGCAGAACCUGAACGCCGUAAAUUGGAAGACAAGACAGAUAUGAUCAAGUCUUCUAAGGAACAAAAUAUUGCCAGCUUAAUUGCACCCGCUGUUGAAGUGAAAUCUCCUGUAGAAAUUAAAUCGAAACGUACUUUCUCAAAGAUGAUACAGACCAGUAUGAUAGAAGAUACAUUGAGAACUCUUCGUGCAAAAUCAAAGAUACAGUAAUGCGGUUCAGAAAACUAAAUCUCUAACUCUUAGAAGAAUAAUUAAAAAAAAAAUUUUCUUUGUAUGGAAACGUGAUGGAAAAUAUUUUGAAAUUGUUUGAAAAA